UAAAUAUCAGCCUACACCGUAGCUCACAGUCAGUUUGGUUUGGAUCGUUACACUGAGCUGAACAAAAUAUUGCUUAAUAUUUUAUUUAAAAAUGGUUCUAUCAAUGGAGAGAUUUCAGGGUAAAGUGGCCGUAGUCACAGGUGCUUCGGCUGGAAUUGGAGCUAGUAUCGUGGAGGACUUGGUCAAGAAUGGAGUUAUUGUUGCUGGACUUGCUCGAAGAAUCAACCGUGUGGAAGACUUGGCCAAAAAGUUGAGCAACAAAAAAGGUAAACUUCACGCUUUUAAAUGUGACAUGACCAAGGAGGAGGAGAUUAAAGAAGCAAUUGGACAAGUUAUUGAAAAAUUAGGACCAAUCCACAUUUUGGUUAAUAAUGCAGGAUUGAUGCAAGAAGCUACAUUAAUUAACGGAGAUACUCAGGCAUGGAAAACAACACUUGAUACGAACAUAUUGGGUCUCUGUAUAGCAACAAGGGAAGUUGUCCAGAAUAUGAAGGCAAACAAUACACUGGGUCACAUAAUUCACAUCAACAGCGUCCUGGGACAUAAAAUUAUGGAUUUUCCUGGACUCAACGUGUAUCCAGCUACCAAAUACGCAGUAACUUGCCUGGCCGGAAGUUUGAUGAGCGAACUUAAACAUGAAAAGUUGAGGAUUAAAGUAACAAGUAUCAGCCCUGGCUAUGUCAAAACUGAGUUCCAAGCAGUAGCAGGUCUACCCAACGAGACACCAAUACCCGCAUUAUAUGGCCCAGAUGUGGCCGAUGCUGUAAUUUAUGCGUUGUCAACGCCGCCCCAUGUAAAUGUCAAUGAAGUCACAGUUGAAGCAAUCUAAAGUAAAAUUUGAAAUAGAGCCAAUCUAAUUCGAAUGAUUAAGCUUAAAUUUGUAUCACAGAUAAAAUAACACAAUCCUUAACUCAAAAUAUAUUAAAUUGGUCACUGAUAACAUUAUCAUUAACGUUUAUACAAAAACAUAAUUGAUUAUUUGCUUGUUUGUUUUCUAUUUAAGGAAAUAGUUAAUGGUCUAGCCCAUAGAGUGAUGUUUUGAUUAUUAUAGACACAUUCAGCCGCUAUAUUGGCUUAAAAUAAUCCCUCUAGGUUGAUAUUCACCCACUGUCAAAAAUUAAGUCAAAAUGUGUCUUUUCCAUGUACUCAAAAUAAAUAAAUACACAAUAUAGAGCAAAUUCACUUACAAUUCUCGGCCUAAACGGCGGUUUAACUUUCCUAUUCUCCAACGCAUUCCAAUCGAUAUCCUUGAAAAACGGAUGGACAAGAAUGGCAGCUUCACAGCCCUGAUUUACCACGCAACCCAAGCGCCUGUUUGGAUUUUUCGUCAUGAAGCCUUUUAAAAUACUCACCUGAAAAGGACAAUUAAUACAUAGAAUGUGUAUGGAAAAUGUUGUUACUUACAGCUUCCUUGCUCAGCCACACGGGAUACAAAACGUCAUCGUGUAAUAUCGAUUCGAAGAGGUCGUCUUCGUUAUCAGCUUCGAACGGAGGCUGUCCUGCCAUCAUUUCGUACAUGAGGACACCCAGGGCCCACCAAUCUACGCUUGCGCCGUAUUCGAGUUC